AUGUCGCUUCCAGCAUUCACGUCUAUUUCCACCGCUCUCAAUUCCUCCACAUCCAGCCCCGCCGAAUCAUCCUCAAAACCCAAGCCAUGCUGCGUCUGCAAAACCGAAAAAGCCGCCCGCGAUGACUGCAUGCUUUUUUCCAAAUCAGACGAUGCCGCGCAGCAGGAAUGUCGACCGCUCGUAGAGCAGUAUAAGAGCUGCAUGGCUGGGUUUGGAUUUAAGAUUUAG